AUGAAUGUCAUACGUUUGGAAACCGCGGGCGACGUCGUGACCAACAGAUUGGUGACCAAAGUGUGGCAAAACUCGAGACCCAAACAGAUGUCGCACUUCUUGAGCUCAGACAAGUCGACGAGUUUCUUGUCGUACACACCCUCGAUGUCGAUGAUAUUGGCGUCCAUUGUGGUCAACAGCCGCCUCGUACUGUCGGUGCCCUUCCUAUACACGGACUUCAUGUUAGGCCACUGGAUAUUCCCGCGGUUUAUGUGCCCCGUGUCGCAGGUGUCGGUGCUUUUGUCGGUGUUUGUCAGUUGCUAUACACUUACGUUAAUCAGUUUUGAACGGUAUAUCCUGAUAGUUCACCCCAUAUUCUACACAUCAAAUUACCCCAAAAUUCAAACCUAUUCAUCAAAACUACUGCUAAUCGGAUGGAUAUUGGGCUCAAUAUUCGCGGCCGUAUCGCUCCGAUACUCUCAGACACUGGAGUUCCACUGGAAGGGUCGCCUAUACUUCGACUGUCGGAUGGUGUACGGCUCCGACAUCUCGGAAAAAGUUCACGUUUUACUCGUGUUUACCCUCACAUUUCUAUUGCCACUCGUAUUGCAAACCACUUUUUACUCGUUAAUUGGUCUGAAACUCAAGAAUAUGAGAUCACCGGUGAUCUCGUUGGACAAAAUCAAAGUGAUCAAGAUGCUAUCGUAUUUGGUGAUCAUGUUUGCCGUGUGUUGGCUACCGAUCCGCGUGUUCUUUCUGGUGGUGAUCUUCAACAAGCAGAUGAUCGACUUCAAGACGACACUCGAGUAUCACAUCUAUGUCUUCGCCUUUUUCGGGGCCCACUUCCUGGCGAUGUUCAACAGUUGUGUCAACCCUAUUGUCUACUGUUUUGUGAGCAAAAACUUUCGCGAUGACUUUUGGGAAAUUAUGGCCAAAACACGGCUCAAGAUAUUCCGCAAAACACCACAGAAUCCAUUGAAUCGAAAGCCCAUCGAAUCGACAGAACUUUAAACCAAUUCCUCUAAACAUUAUCGC